UUUUUAAUAAUAGAAGACACGCGUAGAUCAACACCUAGUAAGCCUAUAUAUUGCACAUCUUCCAAACUUGUACUCAUAGCAUUACAAAGGCUUUCUAUACUAACAAACCAGUCAAAAUGGCACACAGUGUCAAAUCUAGAAUUGAGUCUAAGCCAAUAUGAAGAUGAUCCUUGGGUUCUAACGAAGAAGCUAACUGACUCUGAUGUUAGCAUUAAGGCUCAGCUCUAUUUACCGAAACAACUGAUGGAGCAGUUUAUAGUACCGGAGAUGGGCAAUGAUCUUGUCCAGAAAUUGGCAGCUGGCGUUGAUGUCAAAGUCAGAGAUGUUGACCGUAUUGACCAUUCUUACACCGUAAAUCUUAAACUACGCAAAGACCAGCAGUAUCAUUUCGGAAAAGGAUGGCACCUCUUAAAAAAUACCAAGGGUUUGAUAAAGGGAGAUUUUAUUGGGCUCUAUUGGGAUAAGUUGGCAGGAGAAUUCAAGUUCAAGCAUCUCAAAACUCAGUCACCUCAAAUGCCUAGUAGUAGUAGUAGUAGUGGUAAAGGGGAAACUUCGACACAGGAGAAACAAAUACUCAAGUAA